UAUUAAGAGAAUAUUAGAAAAUGGCACAGAGACUUAAGCAAGAUGCCGCACAAAAGUUAAUAGUUAAAAGGAACGAGAUGAAGUAUGAUAGUGCAAAAUUAGAUUUAUCAAGCCCUCUCCGAAAUCAUCUUUCUAUCAAAAGUUCAUGAUCUCCUUCACCUGUCUCAGUUCCAAAGUCCCCAUCCCCUUUUAAAAAUUCUAAAAUUAUGAGAUCCCGGAAAUGUCCAAAGACAAAGUUUCAGAGUACAAAAUCGGUCAGAUUCUCACUCAGUCCUCAAUUAACUCAGCAGAAAUCUUUUAAGCUUUCUGAUCCCUCAGAGUUUCUGAGGGAUCCAGAGGAGAGAAGGGAUUUAAAGUUCUUAUAUUUCUAUGGAGUCUAUACUGCAAGAACGGAUACUUGAAAUUUAUAUAACUCCAGGUUUUUAUUGUCAAGACAUAGCUUUUAGGACAACUAAAUCGCGGUAUGAUUUUUGCACAAGAAUAUGAGAAUAAGACUUUAGAGCAAAAAUAAAUAUCUGAGAAUAAAAUCUAAGCUAAAAUGCAAUC